GAUUUGCCACUGGGUGGCGCUUUAAACAUCCGGUGCGAUCGGUACGAAGAAAAAGAAAGCAAGCUGAAAGUCGAUUAGGCCUAGAGUCGACAGAGGAACAGGCAAUAUGACAACAAAACUGUAUGUGCCUUCAGGCUCUGCCGCCAUCAGUUCCUACAGAGAUCAACAUUUCAAGGGCAAUCGUGCAGAACAAGAGAGAUUGCUAGCAACGAGUUCUACCCUGUAUGUAGGCAAUCUAUCUUUUUAUACAACAGAGGAACAGAUUCAUGAACUUUUCUCUAAAUGUGGAGAUGUCAAGAGGAUCGUAAUGGGACUGGACAAAGUUCAGAAAACUCCUUGUGGAUUUUGUUUUUUAGAAUAUUACUUACGUGAGGAUGCCGCCAAUGCUCUGAGAUACGUCAACGGUACAAGGCUAGAUGACCGAAUUGUGAGGACAGAUUGGGAUGCUGGGUUCAAAGAGGGACGACAGUAUGGAAGAGGAAAGAGUGGAGGACAGGUACGAGAUGAAUACAGAACAGACUUUGAUGAAGGACGGGGAGGCUACGGAAAGAUAGUAGCUGGACGUAUAAGAACAAAACCAGAUCAUCAGAAAUUGGAUUACAUGACAUAGGACUGAUUGAAUAUAUUUUAUCUACACAUCGCAUCAUGAGGAUUUGGACUGGCUAAAGUGGAUAACCACAAUCUAUUGGCAUUAUGAUAGACUGAAAUGAUUAUUCUGAACUGAUUUCUCCACAAACUUAACAUUUCAUUGCCAUUGAGCACAUCAUUAUAUUUCCUAAACAAUGCUGCAGCCUCUCAGCCAGUGUCAUUGCUUCAGUUUGAAUUGUUAUACAAUUCCUGACACUCAUUAUACAUUUCAUUAUCAUUUUACACACCAUGUGGAGCCGUUUAUAAAUAUGGAUAUGAAAGUUUGUGAAAAUGUUUUUAUAUGGUUGAAUGAUUUGAAUGCAAAUGGAAUAAAAGUUUAAAUCUAA